CACCUGUCAGACCCACCACGGAGAGCAGCAGAUAAGAGCAGCACCAUGGAUUCCAGACUCCGCCCAUCUGAAAUGCUGUGUUGGGGAACUCUAGGGUCAGUCCGUCCUUUCCCAAACUUCCAGCCUGAGAGAGACGUGGUUGACCUUCAGGCUGCUCUGGAGCAGAAAGAUAUCAACAGCCUGGUGAGGAUCCUGACAAACCGCAGCAGCGCUCAGAGACAGACGCUGGCCAGAGACUAUCAGACUCACACGCAGAAGGAGCUGAAAGCUGGUCUGAAGAAGGUUCUGUCUGGAGAUCUGGAGGCUCUGAUGCUCGGACUGAUGAUGACACCUGAGCAGUUUGAGGCUCAUCGUCUGCGUCUGGCCAUGGCGGGAGUCGGGACAGAUGAAGAAACUCUGCUGGAGAUUUUGUGUAUGAGGACACCGCAACAGCUCUCCGACAUCAACGCUGUGUAUAAUGCAGAAUAUAAGCGUGAUCUGGAGAAAGACCUGAUCAGUGAGACCAGCGGAGACUUCACCAAGCUGCUCGUGGCUUUGCUGAAGAAGGAGUACAGGCCGGGACCCCUCGAGCCGGACGUUCAAGUUUUAUCUGAAGAGCUGAACAGUAAGAAACCCACUGCAGGGCCGUGGAUCCAAAUCCUCACCUCGAGAAGCCCAGACCAUCUGAGAAAAGUGCUCAUAGACAUGGAGGCUGAGAGGAACCGGCCUGUGGCUGAAAUCAUAGAGAAACGCUUCGGAGGAGUCUUCUCUGCAGAUUUCAGACUGGGCUUAAUAACUCUCCUGUGCUGCAUAGAGAACCCACAUCUCUACUUGGCCCAGCGCAUCCAGAACAUGAAGGGGUCAGUGCUGCAGGGAGUGCUGGUGUCCCACUGUGAGGAGGAUCUACUGGCUGUGAGGGUCGCAUUCAAGACAUGCACUGGAACCUCACUGUACACCACUUUACAGAAGCAGUUUAAGGGAGACCUCCAGCAGGCCCUGUUGGCCAUCUGCUGUGCUGAAGACUGAACAAUAAACAAGCCCAUAUUUUAGUACUGCACUAUCAUACUUCUUAUGAAAUAAAAUUAAAAGCUUUAACCCUCUACAUGAAA